UAUAAGCAAGUAUAAGUAACAGAUUUGUUGUCAUUUAAAAAGGUUAUGUUUAUCUUUUUAAUGUCUACCUAGAUUUGUAUAGUUUAAUUGGUACUAAAUAGAAACGAAAUGGACGACGAGGAGAAUGGCGAUGAUUUUAAGAAGCCAGUGUUUGUAGCAAAAGCUGCUAGGAAAACUAUACAACUUGAAGCUGAAAAUGUGGAGGAAAAAACGUCUCCAGAGGAUGCAAAGAAAUUGGAGCAGAGCUACAAAGAGCCCUCAUGGUCAGGUUUACCAAGUGGUCAAUACAAUUUCGAAGUUCUCAAGAACGGUUCCAUAAUUAAUUCCAUUGAUCUGACUGAAAAACCAUACUGGGUAUUUGGAAGAUUACCCACUUGUGAUAUUUCCAUGGCCCACCCUACUGUAUCAAGGCAUCAUGCAAUUUUGCAGUACAGGGAAAAAGUGGAAGGUGAUGAAGAGAAAGGUUUUUACCUCUAUGAUUUAACAAGCACACAUGGGACUUUCUUAAAUAAAGUGCAGAUAAAACCAAGAGUGUAUGUGAGAGUUAAGGUUGGUCACAUCAUCAAGUUAGGUUGCAGCACGCGCAACUACAUACUCGGAGGACCGGACGACGAUGCUGAAGAAGUCUCUGAAUUCAGUGUUACCCAGCUGAAACAGAAGAGAUUGGAGGAACUGGUGAAUAGGCAAAAGGAAGCUGAACUGAAAACGAAAAAGGAAGAGGUUAAGGGAGUUGAUUGGGGAAUGGGCGAGGAUGCGGAGGAGGAAGACGAACUCAUGGAAAAUCCAUUUGCGCAAACCAACAACGAGGAAUUGUACCUUGAUGAUCCCAAAAAGACGCUAAGAGGUUUUAUGGAUAGGGAAGGACAUUCAUUUGAAUACGACUGCACCGAACAAGGAGUUGGACAAUUUUUGUGCAAAGUCGUGUUGCCCUUGGACGAUCCCAGGGGAAGACCAAUUGUCGCUGAAGUUCUGCACAAGGGCAAAAAGAAGGAGGCAGUCGUGCAAUGCGCUUUGGAGGCGUGUCGCAUCCUGGACAGACACGGAGUUCUCCGACAAGCCACUCACGAGUCGCGAAAACGCAAAUCCAAAAAUUGGGAGGAGAACGAUUUCUACGAUAGCGAUGACGAUACGUUCUUGGAUCGAACAGGAACUGUCGAAAAGAAACGCGAAAAUCGCAUGAAAGCAAAACUCCCACAAAAGAUCGAAACCUAUGAAUCUUUGAUAGAAAAAGAGGCGAGCAUGUCGAGGCGUAUCAAAGAAAUCGAAACCGAGUUGGAAGUAGUCCGAAAUGCUGGCAAGGCUAAACAACAGUAUGAAGAUGAAGACUCCUUGGAUUCCUUCAUGAAAACGUUGAAGACUCCCCAAGUGGAUAAACAAAAGAUAAGCAAAUUGAAGGCGGAUUUAUUGAGGCUGAAGCAGGAUCAUGCCGCGGUUGUGAAACUGGCGAAUCUGGCAAAACCUGCUGAUAUGCCGGCCCUGAAACCACAAACCUCAAUGAAAAUGCCCAUGUUCGGGAAGAGAACCAAACUCGCAAAACUCAGCGUACCAGCACCAGUACCAGUAAGUGAUACUGUUGAAACCGAUGAAAUCGAAGAGGAAGCGAUUGAAAUUAAAUCCGAAGAAAAGGAAAUGAAUUCAAAGGAUUUAAAGUCGGACGAAGGCGAAACGAAAAUAGCAGAAACUAAAACAAAACCAAUAAUAAAACAAACUGAAGAUGCAGUUGCAGUUAUUGAAAAUAAGAACCAGGUAAAUGAGGUUAAUGAACCUAACGAAAUAGAGAAGAAUUCUGAAGAUGUAAAGAAAGAGGAGGAGAAACGGAAAAAGAAAAAUAUGAGAAGAAUACAGCAGAGAGCCGAAAAGAUGGAAGUGGAAAAGGUGAAGGGCUACGAGGCGGAUUUCAGCAAGGAGGAUUACAACAUGUGGGUACCGCCGCAAAAUCAAACGGGCGACGGGAGGACGAGUUUAAACGAAAAAUUCGGUUACUGAGAUUUAUUCCAAUUUCUUCCAU